GGCUGUGGCGUCCUCUUCUUCGCGCUGCACGCUGAGCUACACCCCGAUCUGCACACAGACGAUGGGAGUCAAGUGCGUAGGCAGCCCGCACGCUUCACCCAUCCCCGUUAGUGCGAGAUCGCCGGCAGAGCCAGCUCCUGCCCGCGCGCACGUCAACUGCGCCCCGGCGUGUUUGGACGCAAAGCCAGCCCGCAGACUGACAGCUCGCCGCACGAAAUGCUCCCGUGUUUUUGAAGCAAAAGCCUGUUUGAAUCCGACGCACCUGCGGACAGUCGGCCGAGCCACGCUACGGACAGCGGUGUAAAUUGUCGCUUUUUUUGGCGAACCUUCUUUUUUUUUGGAUGCAACCACACGCCCAUGCGACGGUUUCGGUGGAUGUUGCUGCCCUCAAUGUCCAGGUUCGGUUACAGUAAACGCGAAAGGUUUACGUAUUAGUAUGGAAAGGCUGUUUGGGGCGGAAGAAUAAAGCAGGGGCGCAAUACCUACAGAAUAGUUAAAUACCAGCACAUUAUUAUUAUUAUUAUUAUUAUUAUUAUUAUUAUUAUUAUUAUAAGGGAUGUUGACCUAUUGAAGGGAUAUGGAGCAGGAGUGGAUCUCCUCGUCGCCUCCGUUGACAGCAUUUUGCACCUUGUGUCCGCCGCCUGAUGGUUUCCGUCUUCCAUAGAGAAGUGGUGGACAUUUAAAACUCAAGCUCUCGCUGCGGGACUAUUAACUGGUGAUGUGCAACUAUCGCCAAUCAUCGGGAUAAUGGUAAUAGCUGACAUCCCCGCGGUAGCUCCGGCGAUCCAGACUGCUAUUUUUCAUCGAGGACUCGUCUUCAUCACAAAUGCAGCCGAGCAGAGGCGAUGAUCCAGGCCGCUGCGCAGAGACGGAGGCGGGUUUGUUGUAGUCAGACUAAGCUGGAUGGGGAACAUGGUGCCACUUUGCAGCUCCGUAUUGAAUAUACCUGCCGCCCCGCCGUCGGCGCGUUUCCGUAAUUCGCCAGCCGCCUUCAAACGGACGGAGUUGUGUUGAUGCAGGCUGUUCGGGGACGCUGAACCGGCUCGCUUGGGCCCAUGUAGGAUUUAGCCUGGAUCUCGGCUAUCUUCGAAGAUCACAUAGCGGAGAAAUCAGCCCGUGUUCGUGGAGAUGGCUGGCGGCGGAGGCGCGUGCACGCUGGCGUGGAUGAGAAAUAAUGAGGAAUCUCGCUCAGAGGAUUUUACUCAGCUCCAACACAGGAUUGACUUUUCAUUGGAAGACUUAGUAGUUCAUAUUCCACAGUAAAAUUAAUCUCAAUCUCAGACUCUUUAAACAUUUCAACUCAUGAAGGCAUAAUGAGACGUUGUCUUAAUUGUGUAGCUUUAUCUAUAAUGGCUGCAGUAGGUUGUAACUGGGUGGAGGGGGUUUCACACACAUGCAGCAUGUAACUGCUUUAUCAACCUUUCACAGCAGCUAACAGACCAGUGAGAGGAGUAAUGUCUGGAUCAACCAUCUGACCAGGAACCUGUCAGACUGAACGCAUUUUCUGAAGGAUGGCACCUUUUAGACUGUCACAUGAGCGUGUGGCAGCUUUUUUAAAAGUCACCUCUGUGGAAACAGCACGUUAGCAUUUCAGGGAGGGCGGUUGUGAUCACUCGCUCAUUGUUUGACCCGAUGUACAUUGUCCCUGAAUGAACUCACCUCUGGGAAUACAUGCUCCUUCCGCACGGCGUGGCGACGGCCCAGCAGCUACCGGCGACAGGCACAGUUUCAACAGAGACACGCGGGGAUGGGGGAGAGCGGCGGCGGCUCUGUGACCCUAUGAAGGCCUCUCCCCCCUGCUGGCGGCCGAGGACACCCUGUUUUAGUCGAUGGGCCCUGUGUGGAUUCUGUGCCUGAGUUGACAGAGGGCAGGCCUUACAGUGUCCAACAGCAGCCGGGCCGUCAUGAACCCAUACGGCAGAGCGAGCAGCGCCGCAGCCCCCCUGUCCUGCACCAGCUGCGGGGGCUGCUGCUCCCCGCCUCCCCCCUGCCUCAUUCCGCCCGGGCACUCCUUCUCUACUACCUCCUCCUCCUCCUCCUCCAUGCCCCCAAAUAUGACCCCUCCGCCCCCCAUGUGUCCAGCUCCGGCGCUCCAGGUGGAGAACGGCAGCAGCUGGAACUCCUCCACCAGCUCCCCGGACUCCCACCACGGCCGCUGCUGUGGAGCCAGCAACACCAACCCCUACUGGACGGCCGUGUUCGACUACGAGGCCACGGCGGAUGAGGAGUUAACCCUACGGCGCGGGGACCUCCUUGAGGUGCUGUCCAAAGACUCCAAAGUGUCUGGGGACGAGGGUUGGUGGACGGGCAAAAUCCAGGACAAGGUGGGCAUCUUCCCGAGCAACUACGUGACUCGAGGGGAUGCGGCCGCCUACAAGCAGCUGGCGGCGGGGGGGCUGGUGGCAGGCGGGAUCGGUGAGUGCCCCUUGGAGGUAGACUUCUCUGAACUGCACCUGGAGGAGGUUAUAGGAGCUGGUGGAUUUGGGAAAGUGUACAAGGGAAUGUGGCGGGGAGAGGAGGUCGCGGUGAAGGCCGCCAGGCAGGACCCCGACGAGGAUAUUAGCGUCACAGCGGAGAGCGUGCGGCAGGAGGCCAGGCUGUUCUGGAUGCUCCGGCACCCCAACAUAAUAGCGCUACGAGGAGUCUGCCUGCGGGAGCCCAACCUGUGCUUGGUGAUGGAGUACGCGAGGGGGGGGGCUCUGAAUCGGGCCUUGGCUGGGAAGAAGGUUCCCCCCAGGGUUCUUGUGAACUGGGCGGUCCAGGUCGCCACAGGGAUGGACUACCUCCACAACCAGGCGUUUGUACCGAUCAUCCACAGAGACCUCAAGUCCAGCAAUAUCCUCAUCCUGGAGCCGGUGGCGCGGGACGACCUGAGCGGGAAGACGCUGAAGAUCACGGACUUCGGCCUGGCCCGGGAGUGGCACCAGACCACCAAGAUGAGCGCGGCGGGCACCUACGCCUGGAUGGCGCCCGAGGUCAUCAAGCUCUCGCUCUUCUCCAAGAGCAGCGACGUGUGGAGCUUCGGCGUGCUGCUGUGGGAGCUGCUGACGGGGGAGGUCCCCUACCGCGAGAUCGACGCCCUGGCCGUGGCCUACGGCGUCGCCAUGAACAAGCUGACGCUGCCCGUCCCGUCGACCUGCCCGGAGCCCUUCGCUCUGCUGCUGGGAGAGUGCUGGAGCCCCAACCCCCACAGCAGGCCCUCCUUCACCAGCAUCCUCAGGCGACUGCUGACCAUUGAGCAGUCGGCCAUGUUCCAGAUGCCUCUGGAGUCCUUCCACUCCUUACAGGAGGACUGGAGGCUGGAGAUCCAGCAGAUGUUUGACGAGCUCCGGGCCAAAGAGAAGGAGCUACGAUCGUGGGAGGAGGCGCUGGCCCAGGCGGCCGAGGAGCAGAGGGAGCAGGAGAAGCAGCUGCGGAGGCGGGAGCAGGAGCUGGCGGAGAGGGAGAUUGACAUCGUGGAGCGAGAGCUGAACAUCAUCAUACAUCAGAUGUACCAGGAGAAACCCAGCGUGAAGAAGAGGAAGGGCCACUUCAAGAAGAGCAGGCUGCUGAAGCUGGGCCGAGACAGCAACAGCAUCAGUCUGCCAUCUGGCUUCGAGCACAAGAUCACGGUGCAGGCGUCUCCCAGCGUGGACAAGAGGAAGAACCAGGGGAGUGAGAGCACCACCCCGCCCUCCAGCCCCGGGGUCAUCCCCCGACUGAGAGCCAUCCGACUGACGCCGAGCGACGGCAGUAAGACGUGGGGCCGCAGCGCCGUGUGUAAGAAGGAGGACCUGACGGCCAACAAGAAGAAAGGACGCACCUGGGGGCCCAGCUCCACCCACCAGAAGGAGCGGGCCGGCGGGGAGGACAAGCUGAAGUCACUGGGGGAGGGGAGCAAAGUGUGGUCGUCCAGCGCGCCCAACCUGGGCAAAUCUCCCAAACAUGCACCCAUGACCGCCGGCUUCUCCAGCUUGAAUGAAAUGGAGGAGUGCUGCGAGUCCGAGGAGUCGCCGGGGUCCCUGCUGCCGUCCGAGACCAGCAGCAACGGCGGCAUGGACGACUCGGGCCCCCUGUGGAGCAGCCUGGGCUCCGGCGCCGCGUCCGCCGCCGCCGGCACCGCGGCGCCGGGCGCCGGAGGCCUGGGCGCCGGCGUGAGCUCCCAGGACUCCCUGCGCCGCUGCAGCCAGCGCAAGAAGAGCGACACGCUGCUGCUGGGCUGCGCCGCGCUGCUCGCGUCCGUCGCCCUGGGGCAGGACCUGCUGCAGCUGGGGAGGCUACAGGUGCUCCAGGACGAGCAGGACCUCAGGGAGGAGCAGCGCAAGAAGAAGGAGGGUCUGUUCCAGCGGACGGGCCGGUUCCGCCGCAGCACCUCCCCCCCCAGCCGGAACCUCUCCCUCUCCCUCUCCCUCUCCCGGCACCACGACUCGACGCUCCCCUGCACGGACCCGUCCCCCUCCGUCACGCUCCUCUCGCUGUCCUCCCUCUCCGACUGCAACUCCACCAAGUCCCUGCUCCCCUCCGACCCCGACGAGUACCCGCUGACGCCGCCCGCGGGGGCCAAGGCGCCGGCGGCGCCCGCGGCUCCGGCCCUGAACCCGCUCCUGGACCUGCGGGCGGAGAGCUUCAAGAAGGAGCCCAACCAGUCGCUCACGCCCACCCACGUGUCCGCGGCCAUGGCCCUGAACCGGGGGCACAGGCGGACGCCUUCGGACGGCGCCAUCCGGCCGCGGGCGCAGACCCUGGGCCACCGCAGGACGCCGUCGGACGGGAGCAUGCCCAUGCCCCCCCCGCCGGGGGCCCCGCACGUCACGGCCCACAAAGGUGCGCCGGACACCCUGGACAUCCCCCGCCUCCCGGACCCGUCCACCAUCUUCCCGGUUCCUCAUCGGCGCAAAGCUCCGGCUCCGCCCAUCCCCGAGCCCGACGCCCACUGCCUCAUCAGCCCCCUGGAGCGACCCAAGACGCUGGAGUUCGCCCCGCGGCCGCGGCCCACGCCGGUCCGGAUGAGGCCCGACCCCUGGAAGCUGGGCUCGCUCUCCCGGACGCUGAGCUCCUCGCCGGGCAGCAGCUGCGACAGCCCGCUGGGCUCCGGGGACGGCAGCGCCGGCGCGGCCCGGCCCAACCUCAUGGACAUGGACGCGGAGGGCCAGAGCGCCGACCCCACGGUGCCCCUGUGUGGACAGCUGCAGGCGGCCGCCGUGUGCGGACAGCAGUACACGUAGCUGCAGACGCCUGGGCCCAACAGUUGGCAGAACCCCCCUGUCUUUAGGCACUUACUAGAAGCCAUGCCUCCCUGUGCCGCCUCCCGGUGGAUCUGGAGCCUGCGUGACACUGAGCGCCCUCAGGCUUCUUAUAGACCUUGUAGCGAGCUCACCUCACCCAGCACUUCCUCCUCGGAGGCCGUCUCUACCCACAUGACCAGGUUCCGUUGAGUCUCUCACCUUGGAAAGCCAUUCAAGAACUUAAAAGGCCACUUUUAGACUCUAAGUGUUCAUCUUAAUCCAUCUGCCUGUGCUUUUCGUCUAUCUGUACAGCUGCCCACGCACUCUUUUCCUGCUUUCCUCUCUGAGAACAGCAAACCCCCCCCAUUGCUCCUGUCUGCUUCUCCUGACAAACACAGGAGUCGGACCGGUUCACAUUCCGUGCCCUUGUUCUCAUUUUGCACGUCGUUUGUUCUGCCGAUGCGCAGGCACCUGCUUUGUGAGCUCCGCCUCCAUCUGCACACCUCACCCCUUCUGCGUGGGGGUCACGGCCCUCUCCCCCUCCAAGGCAGAGACAGGGAGCAGCCUUCUUCUCAACCGUCAUAUCAUCAGCCUUGUACAGCAGACGUUUACGUUCUCAUCCCUGCAGCGACCUGUUAGUAAAAAGGGUUUUUAUGUGUGUGUGUAUGAACCCAACUGGUUCAUAUCUGCGUGCUGGUGCUGUUUCAGUGCAUGUAUGUUUGAAUGCUUCACUCCAAAACCACACCACUAGUUGCGACACAUCUCUUUGUCUCUCGCGUGCUUCUUGAUGAAACCGUCUCCCGCUGGCAGUCGGCAGCGCCGCACGGAACGUGGGAGAUCUCAACCUCACGCUCUCCUCUCUGACCCGCUGUGUUGACCAUCAGUGGCACUUUAGAAGCCAUGUUGUGCGACUAGUUAGUCUCUCUGUGGACUAGAAGCAAAGCGUUCUAGUCACCACUGACAAAUCAACUUUUAUCUCUGGAGUCGUUUUUCAUACGAUGGACGUUUGGUCUGGGCUUCGGAUGGUAUUUACUUGACUGUGCAAAUUUCUCUGAUGACGUGAGCGUGUGAGUUCGAAGUGUGUGUGUGUGUGUGCGUGUGAGCCCACACUCAUUCUCCUUGCGUGGUUAAGAACACUGAGUAUUUAUUAAAUUUAUUGUUAUUGUUGGAAAGAAUUACUUAUUAUGACAUUGCUCUUCCUGGGAUAUCUGUAUAUAUUUGUUAAUAUAACAGGAAAAAAACCAAGGAGAACAGAGGAAACUGCUUCAAGAAACGUCCACGUGGUGAAUGAGAUAAACAAUAAAAAACAAAGAAAGCUA